UGUGACUAUCAUUAUCUUGUGUUGUGCACCUUUCUACCGUAGCUCCUCUCUGUGCUGCCACGUUUCCUCCAUCUGCUUCACCCCUUUUUCCCCAUUGGCAAUUAGAUCUAGACACAACUUACAAGAGGAUCAGAAAAUCUUAGAAGGAUGGAGAGGCAUUUCGUGUUAGUUCAUGGAGCUAUGCAUGGAGCAUGGUGUUGGUACAAGGUCGCCACUUUGCUUCAGUCAGUGGGCCAUAAGGUGACAUCUCUAGACAUGGCUGCUUCUGGGAUCCAUCCCAAGCAAGCCAGUGAGGUCAACUCUUUCCGAGAAUACGUUGAGCCAUUAACACAGUUCAUGAAGGCUCUUCCCUCGCACGAGAGCGUGAUCCUUGUCGGUCACAGCGCAGGUGGGGGCUGCAUCUCUGUUGCAAUGGAGCAAUUCCCUGAAAAGGUCUCUGUUGCUGUUUUCGUUGCUGCACUCAUGCCAGGUCCAAAUAUCACCUUUGCUGCUCUAAGUAAAGAGUUUAUUCAACAACUGGGGAAAGCGCCUAGCAAUGAAAAAGCAGAUAAAAAGUUGUCAAGCACAGAAGCAUUCACAUGGCAUGACCUAUCGGGACCCUACAAUCAGCUCUCUCCACCAGAGGAUGUAAUGCUUUCGAAAUCAUCGAUGAGACCCAUCCCCAGUUUCAAUGACUAUGAAUUGUUUGAUAAACAAACCACAUUCACGAAAGAGAAUUUUGGGAAAGUGAGAAGAGUUUAUAUAAUGGGCGACCAAGAUAUGACGAUGAAGGAAGAUUUUCAGAAGUGGAUGAUUGAACUGCAUCCUCCAAAUGAGUUUAAGAAGAUAGAUGGUUCUGAUCACUUUUUGAUGUUUUCCACACCAAUUCAGCUAUUUUCAUGCCUCCAAGAUAUAUCGCACAAGUAUUAUUAAAUGACUAUGCUAU